UCCGCCCUGCGGGUCCUGAGCGCUCGUGCCGGGCCCGGACCCCCGACUCCCCGGCCAGCCGCCUCCCCGGCCCGAGCCGGGCCUGAAGGGGAAGGGCCGUGGGCUGACCACGGCAGGAUUAACCUCCAUUUCAGCUAAUCAUGGGAGAAAUUAAAGCCUCCCCUGAUUAUAACUGGUUUAGAAGUACAGUUCCUCUCAAAAAGAUUAUCGUAGAUGAUGACGACAGUAAGAUAUGGUCACUGUAUGAUGCAGGCCCCAGAAGUAUCAGGUGCCCUCUCAUAUUUCUGCCCCCCGUGAGUGGGACUGCAGAUGUAUUUUUCCGGCAGAUUUUGGCUUUGACUGGAUGGGGUUACCGGGUUAUAGCUUUACAGUAUCCAGUUUAUUGGGACCAUCUUGAAUUCUGUGAUGGAUUCAGAAAACUUCUAGACCAUCUACAGUUGGAUAAAGUUCACCUUUUUGGGGCUUCUUUGGGAGGCUUUUUGGCCCAGAAGUUUGCCGAGUACACUCACAAGUCUCCCAGAGUCCACUCCCUCAUCCUCUGUAAUUCCUUCAGUGACACCUCCAUCUUUAACCAAACGUGGACCGCAAACAGCUUUUGGCUGAUGCCAGCAUUUAUGCUAAAAAAAAUAGUCCUUGGAAACUUUUCAUCUGGCCCAGUGGACCCUGUGAUGGCUGACGCCAUUGAUUUCAUGGUGGACAGGCUGGAAAGUUUGGGUCAGAGUGAACUGGCUUCAAGACUUACCCUGAAUUGUCAGAAUUCUUAUGUGGAACCUCAUAAAAUUCGGGACAUCCCUGUGACCAUUAUGGAUGUGUUUGACCAGAGUGCACUUUCAACUGAAGCUAAAGAAGAAAUGUACAAACUGUAUCCCAGUGCCCGGAGAGCUCACCUUAAAACAGGAGGCAAUUUCCCCUACCUGUGCAGAAGUGCAGAGGUGAAUCUCUAUGUACAGAUACACUUGCUGCAGUUCCACGGAACCAAAUAUGCGGCCAUCGACCCGUCCAUGGUCAGUGCCGAGGAGCUGGAGGUACAGAAAGGCAAUUUUAGCAUCAGCCAGGAGGAGCAGUAGCACUGGCUUUUUUGAAAGGAUGCUCCAACCAGCGUGUUCUCCUACAGUCGGUGACGUCAGUGCUCCUGUCCACCUCCGUUCGGGUUGGCCGAGUUCUCUGCUUAUCACUGUGGCUUGGACGUAGGACUGGUUGUCACCUUUGUGACAGGAGGCAGUUCUUCUAAACCAGUGCGACUGUUCCCUCUUCAGUUCUUCUAGCUUUUGAAUUGAAGAAGUCCUUUUGAAGUAAUCCCAUUUAAGGACUGUGGGAAUUUUGCUACCAAAAGUCUUCACCACUGUCUUCUCCAGUGAAUGUUAAUUUCUGAGCUUUGGGAUUUUUGUGGGGGUUUUCCUUUUCUUUUCUCUUUCUUUCUUUUUAUGUAACUUGCUGUAAAUGCUGCCCAUCUCGAUUGCGCAUUAGAAGGACAUCUGUUGUUUUUACGCUUUCUUGAUUAUAAUUGUUACCAGAGUGCCAAGGCUAUCACCCCACCAUUUGCUCUCCUGCAAAUCAACUCUUUGUAAUUUCCAGUUAUGCAAAUUGUUUUGGGUUUUAGCUGUUGUCUUUUGAGCCACUACAGUCAUUUCGAAUAAAAAUUCAAUUUCAUUAA